AUGGUGGUUGGAUGGCGAGUGUUGUCUGGUCUUCUUUUGCCUGUAGUUCCCACUCUUGCCGUAUUCGGGAACGUUCUCGUCAUUAUGGCUGUAUACAGAGAGAAAUGUCUUCAAACGGUUACCAAUAUGCUUAUCGUGAGCUUAGCGGUCUCCGACUUUUUGGUUGCCAUUUGCGUUAUGUCCUUUGGAGUCUAUUACGAGCGUAACGACUUCAAGUGGAACAUUGGUCAAUUUUUUUGCAACCUUUAUUUGGCUUCCGAUGUAACUUGCUCGACUGCCUCUAUAUUAAAUCUCUUGGCAAUAUCUUUGGACAGGUAUAUCGCCAUUAGUCGCCCCAUAUCUUACGCUCAGUAUGGUGCAUGUGGUGGUAGAGGAAUUAUUUCAAUAUCAAUUGUCUGGGCUGUAAGUGUGUUAGUUGGCCUGCCGAUCCUCCUCGGAGUCAAUCCAAUGGAAGAAAAUGUAGGAUAA